UAAUGGAGCCAAACCAAAAGAUAGAGAGAGAAACAGAGCGUGGUUUUAGAGAGAGAAAGUAGAGUAAGAGAGAGUGAGGGUUUUAGAGAGAGAAAAAAGCAGGGCGGAUGGGUCAGAUCGUGAGGAGGAAGAAGAAGGGGAGGCCAUCCAAGGCAGAUCUGGCUCGCCGGUCUGGCGAGUUGCCGGCGAAGUCGGUGAAGAAAGACACGGACGUGCGGAGGAGCCUCCGGCGCCGAAAUGUGAAGUACAACAUCGACUACGACGACUACUUGGACGAGGAAUACGAGGACGAGGAGGAAGAAGAGGAGGAGAGGAGGAGAGAGAAGAAGGUGAAGCUGGUGGUCAAGCUCGACGAGGGCAGAAAUGGCUCGGCGCGUGACUCCCACGCGCAUGAGACUGGCGAAGAAGAGGAGGAAGAAGAGGAAGAGGAGGAGGAGGAGGAUGGUGAGAGUGAGAGGAAGCCGUUGAAGAAGCGCCGGAUUAACGGUGGCGAUGAUUCCGAUAAAGAUGAUGAUGAAAAUGAUGAUGAUGACGAUGAUUGUGAGGAACGGGGUCGAAAAGCUGACUCUAAGCGCCAAGGUCUCCUUCCAGAAACGCCUUCUGAUCCUCAGCCUGGGAUUCCAUUGCCUGAUAAGAAAACGUUGGAGUUGAUCCUUGACAAGCUACAAAAGAAAGACACUUAUGGCGUGUAUGCAGAACCAGUUGAUCCUGAGGAGCUUCCCGACUAUCAUGAUGUCAUCAAGCAUCCCAUGGACUUUGCCACGGUGAGAAAGCAGUUGGAAAAUGGAUCAUAUUCCACAUUGGAACAAUUUGAGGGUGAUGUCUUUUUAAUAUGUUCAAACGCGAUGCAAUACAAUUCAUCCGAUACAAUAUACUAUAAACAGGCAUGUUCUAUACAAGAGCUGGCAAGGAAAAAAUUUGAGAGGUUAAGGAUUGACUAUGAACGCUCAGAAAAGGAGCUCAAAUUAGUUCAGAAAACAAAUUCCAAUUCCUUGGUCAAGAAACAGACAAAGAAGCCUCAGUGCCGAACACUACAGGAACCUGUUGGCUCUGAUUUCUCCUCAGGUGCAACUCUUGCGACUGCUGGAGAUGUCCAGAACAGUUCCCGUCCAACACAAGGCAGUGGUUGUGAGAGACCUAGCAACAUUGAUGGACCAGUAGAGGGUAAUUCCUCCUUAAAUGAAGCUAAUAUGGAAAAGGCAGAGGAUAUGUCAUCAGGCAAGGGUCACCUAUCUAAAGUUGGGAGGAAGCCAUCUGUGGUUGAUGAGAACCGUCGUGCAACGUAUAACAUAUCUACUCAGCCAGUGAUCAGAUCAGAAUCAAUAUUUACUACUUUUGACGGUGAAAUCAAGCAGUUUGUUGCAGUUGGGCUUCAUGCAGAAUAUUCAUAUGCUAGGAGCCUUGCUCGUUUUUCUGGAAGUCUUGGACCUGUUGCUUGGAAAGUUGCGUCAAAGAGGAUUGAACAGGCACUACCUGAUGGGUGUAAAUUUGGCCGUGGUUGGGUUGGAGAAUAUGAGCCGCUUCCAACCCCAGUACUUAUGAUUGAAAAUUGUACCCAAAAUCAAUCUGUUUUGGCUUCAAAGUUUUAUUCACACCCGAACUUGAGAAAGGAUGACAGAACUCUUAGGACUUCAGUUUCUGCUAAGGUGCACCCUGUUACUGGGCCUGUUACAGAAGAGAGACAGCACUCUGUUAGUGUGCCUACUUCAGGAGGGAGACCAUCUUUCUUUGGUUCUGCUAGGGGGCAUUACACAGAAGGGAAACCAUCUGUGAUUGGUCCUGUUGGAGCAAAACCUGGUACUGCAGUUAAUGCUGUUCAUCCACAGAAGAAUCCGCAAUCCCGGUUUAUAGGGCCUGAGAACAAGGUUCAAAGGGAAGUCGAGUUGAACUCUGCACCCUCAGUCAACCAAAAUAAUGCCAAUCUUGUUGCAGAAAAGCAAUUAUCAAGAAAUUUGGAGACGACAUCUUCCAGGUCCAGAGAUACUGUAUCAAGGAACAUGAAUCUUCCACAACCUGUACCUUUUAAGAUGCCGGAUUCUAAUGGUAUUGUUACCCGAGGGUUGCCUAAUGGGAAAGCUGCAAGUGCUUCUCUGGACAAUAGGAUGAUUAGUCCAUCUGAUAGUGCUCCUAGUCAAAGUGAAAGAACAUCGGCUUUCUUUCCUCAUGGACAGGAACAGGGUCUUAGCGACCCAGUGCAGUUGAUGAAAAAAUUGGCCGAAAAGACUCACAAACAACAGAAAUCAUCAAAUCAAUCGUCAGUUGAUACUCAACCCGUUGUACCAUCAGUUCCAUCAGUAAGAAGAGAUGAUUCAAACAAUGCUGCAGCAGCUGCUGCCCGGGCUUGGAUGUCUAUAGGGGCUGGAGCAUUUAAACAACCCACCGAGAAUCUCACUAAAACGAAAAGUCAGAUAUCUGCAGAUUCCUUAUACAACCCAGCCCGGGAGUUUCAAUCACAACUUUCGCGAGUUCGGGGGGAGUUUCCCUUGCAAUUUCAGACUCAGAACAAUUUUUCAUUUCCAACUUUUUUACCACAAGCUGUCCGUAUCGGGAAUGAGCCACAGUUCCAAAGCAGACCUACGGUUUUUCCUCAGUUGGCGGCAGCUGACUUGUCUAGAUUUCAGGUGCAGUCACCUUGGCAGGGUCUCAGUCCGCAUGCCCAGCCAAGACCAAGACAGAAACAGGAAAGUCUUCCUCCAGACUUGAAUAUUGGUUUUCAGUCCCCAGGGUCUCCGGUGAAACAGUCCUCAGGUCUUCUGGUUGACUCUCAGCAGCCAGACCUGGCUUUGCAACUCUGAGUUUGGAUGGGGUAUUCAGCGGAAUUAAACAAAUAGUGUACAGAGCUCAGAUGCUGCUGGCUUCUGUCUCCAGAAUUCACCUUUAUCUCCUGUGCUAUAGUUGCAUCAAGUGUGAGAAUGUCUUCGAUCUUGUUAUGACAGAAUGAUUUUGGCGGCGGUAGUUAUCCAUUUUUGACUUGGACUGGGAAUUGCCCAAAUGAAAAUGAAGGAUUAUCUUUGGUCAGAUCAGCUUGCUCGACUAGAUAUGAUCCGCACAGAGCUUAAGAUACGAUCACUUUAACAGAACUCCAAGUUCUGGAUGUCCCAGAUAAGUAUUAGUGACUUGCAGUAGCACUUUUUGUGUCAUAUUGUCGAGCUAAAUCCGGCAGAAGGAUGAUUCAUUUGAUGAUUAGAUCAAAUUCCUUUGGAGUUCUUAAAAUGAUAUAAAUGCAUCACUCUAGUUGAGGCCUUGUACAUUGUUACAGUUUGAAGAGAAUUAGUUGUCUAGAUUUUACUCAUAUUUUAUGUAAUUGCCCUAAAAAUUCCACUUUAUACUGCUCGACUGUUAUAAUGUACAUGUGGACUAGUCUCUCAAAUUGAAUGUUCCUACCAUUUGCCUUUCCUCUAUCUUAGAAUGCUCUUAAUUUUUUCACUGUUUUAUCUGCUGUUGAGUUUCUCUUACCUGAGAUUAAAGUGUGGCUUUGGAUUAAGCUGGGCUCAACCUGUUAUGAACAUUGUUUCUCAAAAAGAAGUAGUUUACUUUUACUGGUAGUAAUAAAGGUCUUUUGAACCUUUUGAUGGACAAUGCAAAAUGUAUGACAGUGUGACUAUGCAAAUGUAGACGCAGCUUGAUCCCCAGCGAGGGAUUCGUGUGGCAAUGGCAGCUGUUUCUGAAUUUGAGAGUGUUCAGAGAUUGAUGGUUACCCCUACAUUGGAGCCAUUGAGAAGCUUAAAUGUGGCAAAGGUUUGGUGCCCCCUUAGGAUUGAAAAAGAUCCAAAGGAGAAGGUUAGAGAGAGUUGCUAGCAUUCCUCUUGUGAAGAUCAACACUCAUGCUGCUUGGAAAAAAGAAAGUAGCAUGGCUGCUAUUGGUGUCGUAAUCCGUAACUUGGAAGGGAUUUUUUUAAUGUGCUGUGCUGACCGAGUUACUUGUAGUUCUGCUUUGAUAGCUGAAGGUAGGGCUGCCUUGAGAGGCUUAAAGACGGCGAUACAAAAUGAUUUUAAGAAGGUUGUAAUUGAAUCUGAUUCUAAAGGCUUGGUAGAUGGAGUUGGAGGUAAACAGGGGAAUAAGGUGUGGACGAUUUUCCCUCUGUUGAUGGAGAUCAGAAAGUUCACGUCGAGAUUCGAGUCUCUUGAAUGGAGAUGGGUCCCCCGUUCGUGAAAUGGAGCUGCCCACUGUGUGGCUGGGCUGGGUAGUAGAGCUGUGGCGCUGGAAAGCUGGUUCAAUCGGCCACCAGUCUCUUGUUCAUGUUUUGGUCGCGGAUAGAUUGUCUUGCCCACCCUCGAUAUAGGUUGUUUGGUGUUUGGGUGUUUAGCUUGUUUCCACCGACUCUGGUCUAGUCUGUGAUGGGAACCCCAACUUUGCUUGUAAUCUGUUUUCUUUGAGUCCUUUUUGGGACUUGCUUUGUACGUCCUUUUUUCCCUCUUUAUGCUUAUUGGUUCAUUGGUUCUUUAUAUUUAGGGCAACUUCAAUUUAC